AUGAUAAAUAUGUGGCUUAGGAAUGGGGAAUCCCAACAUGGACAGCAUGGAUGUUCGAGAAGAAAUGAAGAAGCAUUCACCAUAUCCUGCUCCCCCGUUGCUAUCUCUCAACUAGACAUAUACCAAAAAUACAGCUUGCGCCCCCAAAAGGAAGGUUACAUUAGCAGGAAUUGCCCAGCUCAUUAUCUACUGCUUCUCUCGAAUAUAUCAAAUAUUGAUGUAAAAUUGGAUGUUUAUCCGGAAGUUGUCCCAGAUGCGAUUCUCGAACUCUCCCCUUUUGAAAAUAUCGAGGCGCUGGAUGUGAACAUUAUAGAAAAUAAAGAUUCAAUAUUUGCAGAUAUGCACAUUAGUGAGGAUCCUUGCGAAGAACUCAAAACGUCUACUCGCUUUAAUGUCGAGCAGGUAGAUACCCCACUAACGCAUCAGUAUUUUGAAAAUUUAUUCAAAACUAUCAAGCAAAGCUUUAAUUCAGUAAUUAAGAAUUUCGUUUUAGAAGCUGAAAUUUGUGGAGAAGAUGAAAGCUUAACUAGAGCGAAUUUCAACCCCAAAGCGAAAAUGCUAUUGUAUGACAAUCUGGAGCCGAUAAUUAGCUCACCUAGCAUAAUCAGAGUCAAAAGAAAUAAUACAUUAUCAAGCAGACUCAGAAAUGCUAAUGGUACGACAAAGUCAAUUUUGAAAAACAAGUUUAACGAAUUUGAAGAAAAUGAAAGGUCUAGGGCAUAUCAAUAUGAUUCGUUAAAUAUUCAAGAGUUUAUGUAUGAGUUGGAUUAUAAGGAAAAAAGAAGAGUGGAAGAAUCCGUUCUAAACCCAAGCUUAAGACAAAUUCAAAUAAGUAGAUACAACAAUGGCGAAUUUUUAUGA